AUGUACGUUGUCCAACAUCCAUCCUCAUCUCACCCAAAAGAGUGGGGGCUAUGGAUUCCGCUCUUGUCCCCUCCGUGCCUCAUCGUGCCGUACGCUUACCGCUAUCCUCACUCUAGGUCAAGAUACACCGGCAGAUACGACAGCGACCGCCGCUCUCGUUCGCCCCGUGAUCGCUCGCCUUACGGAGACAGGGCCUCCCAGUACAGUGAUGGCGACCGAGGACGUCCACCGGUAGAAUCGCGCUCAAACGCCAUUCCCUUCCAGUCGAACCGCGAUGCAUUUCGCGAUUCGCUGACGGGCCGGGAACCCCCGCGGGGACCCAGAGCGCUGGUGGAGCCCCCCAGCGGGCCUCGCAGCGGCGCCUACCAGGUCCGCGGAGGCAGAGGGCGGGGUCGCGGAUGGCGGGACGACAGCCGAGACCGAGGACGAGAUCGCGAGUUCGACGUGAGAGACCGGCCGCUGUUCCGGGACGAGAGAAGUCGCGAGCGCGAAAGAGAAUGGAGAGAGAGAGAUCGCGACGGGCGCGACAGUUUCCGGGGGAGGAGGCUCUCCCCCCCGCUAGGAAGAGGACGGUCGCCACCAGGAAGAGACUUUCGAGAUACUAGGGACCCGCCUCUUGGGGUAGACGCCGAAAGAGCCAGACGAGGGUCGAGAGAUGGGCCCCUCUCUGCGGGCUCCUCGAAUUCGGACCCACCGUUUGCUCCUUCGUCAUUCCGAGGCGGGUUUCCCCGCGGAGGUCGAGCACGCGGCCGCAGCGACUGGGAUAGAGGACGCGGGCGGGGUGCUAAUUUUUACGAGGACCGAGACCGGUAUAGCCAGCGGAGCCGCUCUCAGGAUCGGAUCUGGGGACGUGAUCCCCGAGAUGAUCGCGAUCGUGGAGACCGCUAUCCGGAUUCCGACAGGAUGCCUCAUCAGCGAGAUGAUAGGGACCCUAGGGAUCGGGGUGACAGGGACUUGAUUCGACCUAGAGUGGACCGAGUAUCCCACGAACCAUCGCCAUCAACGACCAAAGACAUAUCGCCACCGCCCAUUGCCCCGUCUGCACCCGCCUUUGGAUCCGUACCGAGCCGCCAACCGUCGUCUACCGACCUCCAGACCCUCACCGGCAAGGCCCCGCCGACGGGACCCCGUGCAUUGACCGAAGACAGAUCCAUGUCGGCGUCUCUUCCGAUAAUGGGCGACAGACAGCCACCUACCGGCCCCUCGAAACCAACAUUACCCGAUGGUAGCCCGCCAAUCCCCGUUGGCCCUCGGGCGCAGCAGCAGAAGCAGCAGAGGUCCAGCAAACAAUGGAUCAACCCUGCCAUAGUUGCCAACAAGAAGAUACCGGAAUCCCCAAAGAUCAACAGAUCGCAGAGCUUUGUCUCGCAGCAGGGAAGACCACCACCGUUCGGCUACCGGCCCGAGUCCUCGCACUCAGACCAGCAUGGCGAUUUCGAGCGACGACCCCGUAGUAGUGGUGCGAAGUCGGAACCCCAAGUUAACGCUGCCGACAUUCAACUGAGAGGCCUGCACAUCAGCGAGGCGAAUGGUGUCCCGUUGAACCUUCAAAGGGGCACGCGGUCAGCCCGUGCGUCCGUCGACCGGGACUCCGGCUUUCCGUACUCGGCACGAGAUUCGAAGGCGAGUGCGGCCGAGACGGCGAACGAAAGCAAGCCACAACAGCAUGCUGAUGGACCGCCGAGUCUUACGGGCUCCAAGAUUGGCACGGAUAAAGAAAGCAGGACCAAGCUUGAGGCUUCUGACCACAGCAAGCCGAGCUCCAAACCAAAGAGGCCAAUUGCGGUAUCAACGCCCGUUGGGAAGAUCUCCCUGCCUGCGAGACAGCCUCUCCCCCCUGUGACCGAGCAGUCGUCCGAGUCUGACGACGAGGAUAUGGACAUAUACUUCGAUUCGGAGAUGGCCAAGGCCGAAGCUGAAUUGAAGAAACUUGAAAGUGUCGGGGGCAGUGUUCCAACUUCCAUCGUCGCUCGCUAUGUGGCCGUGUCAAUUGAGGCAAUGGCGAGAGUGGCGAGUGAAGCGGAAGGGAUCAACGACAUGGUAGGGCCAGUACCUGAAGGAUUCACGUUCCCACCUUCGAAAGCGGGUGGUAAAGAACCAGGACCGGCUGCUCCGUCGGAGGUGGACGAGGCCCGGUCAUCGGCCCCGCCCGCUCCCGAAUCUGCUCCACUCCCGACGGUCGAGUUGGGCGGUGAUUCGUCGAUGCAACCGGAGCCGCAGCCCAAAGUCGAGGAGAUGGACACGGAUGGUUCAGGACUGCCUCCUGCCAUUUCCGUGCCUGCCCACGCAAGGGUGGACGACGUUGAUACCGAGAUGGAUGACGCCACGGAAACCGAGGAGCCAUUGAUUCACAUGCCCCAAGCCGUCGGCGUUAAUGGCGUCCCUGUCGAUGCUUCCAGGCUGUUGACCUUCCCUCCGGAUUAUGGAGAGCCUCUGUCGAGGAGGACCAGCCCAUCCCAGAUGGAGGACGACGACGAAACCGAGGAAGAAGAGAUCGAUUUUGCCUCGAUCGAGACUGUUCGAGAGUACAUGAAGACACCUCCUCUUGACGAGCUUCCUGACUUUGCUCUCAAGCCAUGGUACCGAAGCAAGAAGGUCCGCAAAGCGUGCGAGACAAGUAACGACAUAGCCGAGUUGAUCCUGUUGAGGAUGCACGAGGAGUUAUCCAUGAAGAUUGCAGAGCAGGAGGAUUUGAAGCGUGACUACAGACAGAGAUACGACUCGUACUUGCGUUUCACCAUGUCGGACGAUCCGGCCGCGGUCAAGAGCCGGGACCAUUUCGCCAGCUCUAGUGUCCCGCAUUCUUCGACGGCGACUACCAAACCGGUUGCUGUCCCCGAGGCCAAGCUGGAAGGCGGCAGACGAACUACUAAUCGCUUCUCUACCGAGCUUGAUCUUGAAUACGUCAUACAACAGUCGAUACGCGAGCACCAGGAAGCCCAAGAGAGGGAGGCGCGGACGCAGAGGGAAAAAUACCGCAGCGAGAAGGAGGCCGUGAUACCGGAAAUGUAUUGGACCCAAGAAGACCGUGAUAGAGAACUUUACCUGGAUACCACGGGCCUCCUUCCGGUGGACAGGCUCGUCGGCACCUGGCAGGUGUUACCGCCCGUCGUAAACUUUACGGAGGAAGAGGCCGAGCAGUUCGAGACGGCAUAUCUGGAGCUCCCCAAGCAGUGGGGCAACAUUGCUAAGCGCGUGCCAACUCGGGACUUCAAGGCCUGCAUCCAGUACUACUACGCCAAGAAGACAGAACUAAACUUGAAGGCCAAGCUUAAGAAGCAGCCGCGGAAACGUAAGAGGGGCCGCGCUAAGCAACGAAGUAGUGCCUUGGUAUCUGAACUUGGGAAUAUUGAGAAUGACGGAGAAGAGGGCCAGGAGAAUGGCGAGAACGGGGAGCGCCGUCGGCCGCGCCGCGCAGCAGCGCCAACAUGGGGCUUCGAGACCGCGGCCACGCCAACGGCGGACUCGGAUGGUACACAAUCCACCACUCCGGGCCGCCGGGGAGCUGGCUCCAAGAACGACAACGGAGGCGAGAAAGCCGAGACCAAGAAGGGACGGCGGACACGAGUGGCCAAGGACAAAGAUGCGAAGACGCCCAAGCCGGCGCAGGCUCUUGCCCCCACUCCUCCCGCCUCGAAGGCCAACAGGUCGCGAUCGAACUCGCGAGCCCAGGGCCCGGAGUGGGUGCAGCAGCCGCAGCCGCAGUCCGCAGUCGGCGAUGUUGGGCGCCUCCCAACGCAGUUCGAGAUGCCACCCGGCGGGAUGCAGCCACCUAUGGCUCCCGUGCAACAGGCACCCCUCGCCAGCCCCGAGAGGGUUCCUCUUCCGCUGCCCUCGUCCAUCUCGGAAGUUAUGGCGCCACCAUCUCUUCGGCCCGAACCUCUCCCGCCGCCAGCGAGCCUCCCUACCUUCGAUCUGGGGCAGGGAGCUGGGCUGGAUCGCGUGCGGACGCCUCAGCAGGCAUCAAGUUACUGGAGCGUCUCGGAAUCUAACGACUUCCCCGGUCUGCUGCGGUCCUUUGGCACGGACUGGGGUUCCAUCGCUGCUCACAUGCAGACUAAAACGGCAGUUAUGGUAAAGAACUAUUACGUUCGUCAGAAGGACGGUGGAAAACCAGAAUGGGGGCCAAUCGCCGCCGAGGCGGACGCUAAACGAGUCAGAGGCGAGAAGAGGCCGGCCCCGCCGACGCCGACGGCAGGCCCAAGAAAGAGAUACGACACGCCUUCCGUGCUCCAUCGAGCUUUGGUGGCAGCGGAUUCAACCGAGGAGGGGACCCAAGGCAAGCUGGAGGGCCAACUCUCGCCGCCGCCUAAUCAAGCGUUCACAUCCCGCUUCCAAGUACCGAUUGCACAAGCACCUGUGAAUCCACAGCCCCUGACCCAGCCAUCGCAGCAACAGAUGCAGGCUCAGGCGCAGGCGCAGCAGCAGCAGCAGCAACAGCAACAGCAACAGCACCAACAACAGCAUCAACAUCAGCAACAGCUCCACCAGCAGCAGCAACAACUGCAACAGCAGCCAGGUGGCAAUGUUGUAUCGCAAGAGUCGUCGCCGUCAAGCCGGCCUUUGAGGCCACCCCCGGUUCCGUUUGCGCAUCCUGAAAGGGAACCCGAGCCAGCAUCAUCCCAGCCGCCGCAACCAGCCGUUCGGAAACCUGCUGGCCCGCUCCUCGUUUCUUCUCCAGGUUCCGCUCCCGUGUCGGCGCCGCCAAUCACAGAGGCGAUGCCACGCGGGGCCUGGCAGAGUGACGUGGCUACGCAGCUUGCUCAGCUCGCACGGCAAAGAGAGACGCGCGAAGCCGGAGACAGGGCUGGGAGAGUGGAGCCCUCGCUCAGAGACCAACCGCGGCAGGCCGAGCGUGCACCACGGCUCAAGCAAGAACCCGAUGCGAUGUCUCACUAUGACUCGUCCUAUGCCCCUCCGCAACCCCAACGGGUCGGCACACCUCGGACAGAGCCCCUGUCUCUCUCGCGACAGCCCGAGCAGCAGCCUCGCACGGUUGCGCCAGCACCGCAGGCUUACGCACAGCCCAUUCAGGCCCAGCCUGGCAGGGGCAGUCUUCUCGGCGAUCCCGCGGCUGCUCAAUUCGCACCUUCUGCUGAACGGCCAAUUUCAAGCAUGCAGCGACCCGCCCCUGUUCCGGUCCAGGACCCUUUCAGCUCGGCGCCGGGCCCGGGACCUCAAGCUGCUCCGCCCGCAAUUUCGUCCGGGCCAUCUCGUAUGCCAGAGCGUAAGACUAGUAGUUUGAUGGCGUUGCUGAAUGAAGACCCACCGGGCCCCUCUCUGCAUUCGAAGAGGUUGAGCGAUGUAUCCUCAGGAUUGAGGCCUUCCGCCACUCCGCCUCCCCAGCAGGUGUCUGCGCGACCUCCUCCCCCGACGUCUACCCCGACUCCUCUUCGUCGGGAGACUGAAGCCCCUGUCUUCCCCUACUCUCGCAACGCGGGUCCAGCUUCAUCAAUUGUGCCGCCUCUCAAGCCAUACAGCACCCAGUCUCCUCAACCUCAUCAUUCGGGCGUGCCCAGGUCUUCCAUGGUCUCGCCCAUCGAGUCUGCAGCCCCUGGGUCCGAUAGGGACUAUUAUGUGAGGCAUGCGUAUCAGCCUCAGCACCAGCCCCAGGCUUCAAACUCUCCCCAGGCCCACCACUACCCUGGCCCGCCACAGCAUGCACAGCAGUCACAGAUGGCGUAUCCCCCGCAGCCGGCGUAUCCCCAGUAUGGCGUUCCUGCCUCGCAACCGCAUUCCGCUCCCCCGACGCCGCCAUUCGCCUCGCACCAGCUGCCUCCAGGCCGGCGCGAGCCUUCCAUGUCGGGUCGCGAAGCGACCUGGUCGCAGCAGGGCCCCUCUCAACAAGGCCAGCAACCCCCGCCGGCCGCGCUCCAGCAUCAGCAGCAAGCCGCCUGGCCGUCGAACCCGCCUCCCCACCAACAGGCUCCUCCCAAGGCCAGCCAGCCAGUGCGUGGGCCUUCGGCCUGGGGCGCCCAGCAUGGCGUGCCGGCGAAGGCCCAGCAGAGCAACGCAUCCAUGCCGCCCCAGCCCUCGUGGACGCCGGGCCCGCCACCCCAGCAGCAGCAGCAACAGCAGCAACAUCACAUGAGCAUGAGAGACGACCGCGGCCAACCGGGCUACCCAGUCCAUGACCCACGGGGCCAGGGUGCUGCGAUGCACCAACAGCAGCAGCAACAGCACCAGCAGCAGCAACAUCAGCACCACCAGUCCAUGGGCGGCCGCUUCCCCCUCCAGCCGGAACCCCGCCGGCCCGACCCCGGCCCGCCCCCUGGAGGACAGCCCGGCGGCGGCGGUGGCUACCCGAGAUACGCGACGAGCACGCCCGGGCCGGGACAACAGCAGCAGCAGCAGCAGCAGCCGAGGGAAGGGCGGAGCUACACGCCGGGCGGUUAUGGAGACCCCCGCCAGCAGCCACCCCAGCAGCAGCAGCCGCCGCCGCAGCAGCAGCAGUACGCAUCGCAGGACCAGAUGAGGGAGAUGCAGAUGCGGGAGAUGCAGAGGGACUCGCGCGAGGCGCAGGCGGCGCAGGCCGCUCAGGCUCAGGCGCAGGCUCAGGCGCAGGCUCAGGCGCAGGCUCAGGCGCAGGCUCAGGCGCAGCAGGGACAGCCGCAGGCGCAGGGACAGCCGCCGCAGCAGCAGCAGCCGCAGACUAUCUUGCAUAGGCAGCUGCGGCCGCAUGAGGCGUUUGAUCGGAUGCAGUCUGAUAGGUAUCGGUGA